AUGGCUCCUCCGAUCCACUCCACAAUACCCGAGAAGCCCCAGUCAUCAAGCUUCAAAGACGAGGCCGACCCACAGGCAAACAAGAUUGAAACAGAGCGGGGUGUCGACACUCAAGCCGAACAUGCUUCCAACUCCGACGCAACAAGUCACGAAUACAAACCCAGGCUUGACAUGGGCGGCAAGCCUGAGCUAACAGAAGAUGACUGCUACGAGAAGCUUGGCUUCUGUUUUCCAACAUGGAAGAAAUGGACAAUUCUCAGCGUCAUCUUCGUGGUUCAGAUGUCUAUGAACUUCAACACAGGCGUCUACGCCAAUGCCGUAGCCGGUCUGACCGAGGAAUUUCACAUCAGCGAACAAGCCGCGCGAGUCGGACAGUGUGUGUUCCUAGUCGCAUACGCAUUCGGAUGUGAGCUCUGGGCACCGUGGAGCGAGGAGUUUGGUCGCUGGCCCAUCAUGCAGCUUUCUUUAUUUCUUGUGAACAUCUGGCAGAUUCCCUGCGCACUUGCACCCAACUACGGGACGAUCGUCGUAUGCCGCGUCCUCGGCGGACUCAGUUCCGCCGGUGGCUCCGUCACACUCGGCAUGACAGCCGAUAUGUGGGAAGCCGAUGACCAAGGCUAUGCCGUAGCCUACGUGGUCCUCUCAUCCGUGGGCGGGUCAACCAUAGGGCCCUUCUUCGGCGGAAUGAUCGGCCAAUGGCUAAAUUGGCACUGGGUAUUCUGGAUGCAAUUGAUCGUGGGGGUAGUAACGCAAAUCAUGCACUUCUUCAUUGUACCAGAGACCCGUGCAACAAUUCUGAUCGACCGCGAAGCCAAACGCCGACGCAAGAACGGCGAAGACAUCUGGGGUCCGAACGAACUGAAAACCCCCCGUCUAGACAUCCAUGACGUACUGCGAAUCUGGAUCCGGCCAUUUGAAAUGUUCCUUCGCGAACCAAUCGUGCUCUUCCUCUCCCUCCUCUCUGGUUUCUCCGACGCGCUGAUCUUCGUCUUUACCGAGUCCUUCGCCCUAGUCUUCGAACAAUGGUCAUUCAGCACGCUCGCAGUCGGACUAACCUUCGGCUCGAUUCUCAUUGGAUAUAUCCUCGCAUACACAAUCUUCCUUCCAGAUAUCUACCGCCAAAUCCAAGUCCGGCGCAAAUCCGGCGCAGCAAGUCGUCCCGCCGAACGACGUCUCCUCCUUCUCCUCUUCAUCGCCCCACUAGAACCAGUCGGGCUCCUAGGCUUCGCGUGGACAAGCAUGGGUCCACCAAUCCCAUGGAUCGCACCGUGUAUAUUCGCAUGCAUGAUCGCGAUGGCAAACUACGCAAUCUACAUGGCGACGAUCGACUACAUGGUCGCCGCAUACGGGCCGUAUUCUGCAUCUGCGACAGGUGGCAAUGGAUUCGCGAGAGAUUUCCUUGCUGGUAUUGCAACAAUGUACUCCACACCGAUGUAUCAGAAUAUGGGGAGCAAGUACCAUCUCCAGUGGGCGAGUACGCUGCUUGGAUGUGUCGGGUUCUUGGUUCUGAUUCCGAUUUAUGUCUUCUACUGGAAGGGCCCGGAAAUUAGGGCUAAGAGUAAAUUUGCGCAGCAGUUGGCUGCGGAUCGGGGUACGCAUUCUGAGAGCAGAAGGGCUAGUCGGGUUAGGGCUUCGAUUGGUGCUUAG